UCUGUCGUACGGUGAACGGCAUGUGACUGACCAGCAGCAAGAGGGCAGAGGAAUGCACGGCCAUGUCGGUGACGCUGGAGCAGUGCACGCUGCUGCGAGAGCGCCACACGCUCGGCCGGCAGCACUUCGGGGAGGCGCUGGACUGCAUGAGGAGAUCUCAUCUGUCCUGGGGACAGAUGCUGGGCUGCUUGGCCCAGUCAGGGUGCACCGUCGCUGUGUUUGACGUGGGCGAGCCCCCCUCCUCGGACCUCCGGAGCUCGGCUCUGCUGAAGGCUCCCAGAUGCCAUCUUUACCCGGUGGCCUUCCUCCUGGUGACCUCUCACCUCCUGGUUCUUUGGCUCAUCCUCAGCCUGGUCGUACUGCUGGCCAAAUACCAGUAGGGCCGCUCCGACUCAACCAUCGGCCUUGAACUCUGCUCUCCGAUUCAUCCUGGCCUGCUAACGCUGACCCCAGGCAGGACAGCAAAGCAGAGAACAACCACAAGAACUGAGGAAUUUGUUCUUUACUACGAGCUGGAGCAGUGAGAAGACACAGGAGGCGUUCAGGAACUGUCGGGAAUGUAGAGCACCCUGCAGAUAAUCCACUCUGUUCAUAGAAGUCACUCAUUUAGAAGCCAUUGGUCAUUUUGGUGGGUCUAUCCAGGAGGCGUUCAAGGUCAGAAAUGAUCGGCC